AGCAUUGUAAUAAUAAUUUCAUCUUUGAAAUGGAAAUCACAAGUCCCAUGUGGAGGGUGAUUACUGGCGGUGCCUUCAAUUUUCUAAUGCCUCACCAAUCAUUCUCUUCAACUAGGAACCCAAAUUGUUCAUCUUUCAUGCCACCCAACACCACCCAAAAGAACAACCAAAAUGCUGUCUUUAUGUAAAAUCUAAACUCUAAAGCAAUUUCGGGACUUUAAAAACUUCCUUUUUGGUCUUCCAUCUCCCUAACUUAUCCUUUAACAGCUCAACCGAUUCAGUUUGUGUUGCUGGAAGUUUCUUUGCUACAAUGCUCAAACAAAUUUUAAUCAAACUCCCGCGGAAGUUACAAAAAUCUGACUUAUUAGAUUCAUCUGGAAGUGAUUCUGGAAACCAUACUUCUAACUUAGGGAAUGGAGUUGAAUGUACAAAUAUCGGGAAUAGUAUGUCAAGUCGUCUAAGUGUUGUUAAACGGGUGUCCUCAGCUGUUUUUCCUGCUAGCAUCAUGGUUGGUGUGGAGGCAGUAGAACCCAAUUUAUCUUUCACAGAUGUUUCAAUUCUGCAGAAGCAGAGCCUCUUUAUUAGUAAAUUGAAUCUGUGCUGUGAGGUUUCUGAUUUCAGUGAUCCUGAUAAAACUAGUGCCGAGCAAGAUCUUAAACAUCAAACACUGAUAGAACUUGUCGAUUUUGUUUCUACGGGGUCUACAAAGUUCAAUGAACCGGCAAUUGCCGCAAUGUGUAAAAUGUGCGCUGUUAACCUGUUCAGAGUUUUUCCACCUAAAUAUUGGUCUAAUAGCAUUAGUGGUGAAGUGGAAGAUGAAGAGCCAAUGUUUGAUCCUUCAUGGUCAAAUUUGCAACUCGUAUAUGAUCUACUUCUUGGGUUUAUUACGUAUAGUUCUCUUGAUGCAAAGGUGGCAAAGAAGUAUGUAGAUCAUUCUUUUAUUUCGAGGUUACUUGACCUUUUUGAUUCUGAGGACCCCCGGGAAAGGGACUGUUUGAAAACAAUUCUGCACAGAAUUUACGGGAAACUCAUGGUGCACAGGCCCUUUGUACGAAAAGCUGUUAGCAAUAUCAUCUAUCGUUUUGUUUUUGAAACUGAAAGGCAUAAUGGUAUUGCUGAACUCCUCGAGAUAUUUGGAAGUAUUAUUAGUGGUUUUGCUGUACCAUUGAAAGAGGAACACAAGAUGUUUUUGUGGAAAGCCCUUAUUCCUUUACACAAACCGAAACUGGUGCGUGUUUAUCAUCAGCAAUUAACAUCUUGUGUUGUACAGUUUAUAGAUAAGGAUCCGAAGUUAGCCGACAGCGUGAUUAAGGGACUGUUAAAGUAUUGGCCAGUUACAAAUAGUCAGAAGGAGUUAAUGUUUAUUAGCGAGUUGGAAGAGGUUUUGGAGAUGACUAGCAUGGCCGAGUUCCUAAAGAUCAUGGUUCCACUGUUUCGGCGUAUUGCAUUUUGCUUAAACAGCUCCCAUUACCAGGUGGCUGAACGAACUCACUUGCUAUGGAACAAUGAGCACAUCCUUAAUCUUGUAACACAUAACCGUCAGGUGAUAUUUCCUCUUAUCUUCCCCGCCCUUGAGCGAAAUUCCGAGAACCAUUGGAACCAAGCAGUGCUUAACCUGACACAAAGCAUAAAGAAGAUGUUGUGCGAGGUGGAUGAAGAACUUGUGCUUGCUUGCCGGCAGAAGAUAGAGGAGGAAAACUCCCAGUCGAUUGAGGCAACUGAGAAGAGGAAACUAACAUGGGAACGCCUGGAAACAGCUGCCAACGUGAUUCUUCCCGCUGCAUGCCCGGUUACCUGUUGAACACUCAGUAACCAUUUUGGGAAAAGAAAAGAAAAUAUACGUAAAUAUAUUUGUAGCUGCCCUGAUUGUUGGAUAUUGUUUGGCGAGUCAAUAGGAUUUGAAUGUCAUCACCAUCAAAAUAUUUAGAGGCACUGGAUUUCAAGCAUAUGUAUCUGCUACACCUCUUGUAUCCAUUAUCUUUUUCUUUUGUCUAUACAUUCAAAGCCAUACAAAUUACAGGCAAUGAAA